AUGCACUGGAGCACUGGUACUACUACACACCCCAAAAUAUCUCAGCCAACCUCUACCAUUAUUGUUGGUGAUAAAGGGAAGCUGGUCUUCUCUCCUUCCUCCCUCAACGCUUCUAUUGGUACAACUAUCGCAUUCAACUUCCUCGCACUCAACCAUACCUUGACGCAAAGUCAGCUUCAGGAUCCAUGUAGAAAUGCCAGCGGAUUCGAUUCGGGGUUUAACCAAUUCAAUCCAACCAAUAUCAGUGGAAGGUUCGUGGUUGAGUACACAGUCACUAGCGACGAACCACAAUGGUUCUUCUGCGCCCAAACAGCCCGACUCGCGCACUGCCAAGCAGGCAUGGUUUUUAGUCUUAAUCCCCGGGGUCUGCAUGCUCAAUUCGUUUCUAAUGCGAUGGAGAAGAUCCCAUCAACGACUUCAUCACAUGAGCACGCAUGUAGCUUGCCAAUAUCAUCAACUGCACCC